UUAUUUUAUUUAAAUCUAUAAAUUUACUUUUAUUUAUUAUCGGGGCACAUGUCCCCGUCAGAAUUAACGGUACUGCGUCUCGUCCUUGACGUCGCGGUACUCGCACGCGGUGAUGCGCAAGACCAAAACAACCGCGAAUCCUUAUUAUAGGAUAGUGUAAUGUUUGGGUCAGUGAACCUUUCCUUAUUCGGUCGACGAUUGUAAGCACGUAUACAUACACGUAGUGUAGUGCUGUGAGGUUGCGACCAUUGCACAAUCUAUUGGACAUUUGCUAGAAAUUUAUCAAGAAAUGGAGAGAUCAUGGACUAUAGUAAGGUUUAUAGAUGAAGAUACAGUUGAAGCUGUCCCAUCUACCUGGAUUAUCAAUAAAAAAUGUUAUUGGCCACCGUUUCACAUGGAAAAAAUUGUAGCGGCUAUCAAAAAACAUGCCGAACCAAAUACAUGUUGGCCUUCAUAUAAUGUUAUGACUUUCAGAAACAGCAGUUAUGAUAACUAUAAAACAGCCAGGGAAAAAGCCAAAAAGGCUGAAUUAACAUCUGAAUUAAACUCCGAGACUGAUAAUGAUAACAUUUCGAAAAGAAAAAUUAUCCCAAAGAAAUUCUUUUCGUCAUCAGAUGAAUCUACCGAAGAGUGCACUAAAUUACGGACGCCUCCAAUUAUGAACACACAAAAAUCAUUGAAAAGUACAAAUUACGAAAAUGCGAAGAGCAACAAAUGUCAAUCAAGAUCAGUGGAUCAAUCAUCCAAUGAAGUUCCGAAUAAACGGACGAAGCACUUACAAGAUGGAUUUUUGAAUAUUUCAAAUAUUUUGCAGGACAAUGAGCACAACAUACAAAAUAAUAAGACAGAAGAUGUUGUCGACAAUAAAAUUGUGCUUCAGUAUUUUAAAGAAAUUAUCCGUCAGCAAUCAUACUUUAAGACCCAGUUAUGGCAAAUAGCAGAUGAUUUAAAAGAUAUGAAAAAUGAAUUGUUGCAACAAGUUCAUCAACGGCCCAAUGUAACUGAAAGAGAAGAGUCUAUUUUUUCUUUUCCUCAUCUUCCUUUUAAUUCGGUGGAAGAUUUAGAAGAGCACGUGGAACAAUUUUUAAAUCAACCGAAUAAGUUCGAAAUAUCGGUUAAAGAAGUAUCCAGAGUAGGGGGAAAAAAUCCUUACGAAUUUAUUAAGCGCAAUUGUACUCGUUGUUGA